ACCACCAUGUCCACUGGCAGGAUCAUCUUCUACGAGGACAGGAACUUCCAGGGCCGGUCUUAUGAGACCAGCAGCGACUGCCCUGAGCUGACCUCCUACCUGAGCCGCUGCAACUCCUGCAAGGUGGAGAGCGGCUGCUUCAUGGUCUACGAGCGCCCCAACUUCCAGGGCCACCAGAUGAUGGUGCGCAGGGGCGAGUAUCCUGACAACCAGUAUCUCAUGGGCAUGAGCAUGAGCGACUGCAUCAGAUCCUGCCGCAACAUCCCCAUGCAUCGUGGACCCUUCAGGAUGAGGAUGUACGAGAAGGAGAACUUCGGUGGACAGAUGCACGAGCUGAUGGACGACUGUGAGUCCGUCCAGGACCGUUUCCGCAUGUCCGACAUGAGGUCCUGCCACGUGAUGGACGGGCACUGGCUCAUGCACGAGCAGCCCCACUACCGUGGCAGGAUGAUGUACCUGAGGCCCGGCGAGUACAGGAACUUGGGCAGGGACAUGGGCAUGAGCAACCAGAUGAGAAUCAGCUCCAUGAGACGCAUCAUGGAUUCCUGUUAG